AUGAGCAGCUGCAGCGACCACGUUGACGUCGCGGCCCUGUCGCUGCCGCUGCCCCCGGGGCCGAGGCCGCUGCCUCUGGUCGGCAACCUGCACCAGCUGGGCCGGCGGUCGCCGCACGCGGCGCUGGCGCGGCUGGCGCGGCGGCACGGCCCGCUGAUGAGCCUGCGGCUGGGGGGGAGGGCGACGGUGGUGGUGUCGACGCGCGCGGCGGCGCGGGCGAUGUUCACGGAGCACGACGCGGCGCUCGCGGGGCGCACGGUGUACGAGGCCAUGCGCUACGGCGGCGACGGCGAGAACGAGGGCUCGAUCAUCACGGCGCAGGUCGGCCCCGCGUGGCGCAUGCUGCGCCGCCUCUGCGCCACCGGCUUCUUCACCGCCGCGCGCCUCGACGCCCUGCGCGGCGUCCGCGCCGCCUGCGUCGACCGCCUCGUCCGCCGCCUCCGGGCCGCCGCCGGCAGCCCCGUCGACCUCGGCCGCCUCCUCUUCCUCACCGCCUUCAACCACACCGGUAAUCUUGUGCUAUCGCGGGACUUGCUGGACAUGAAGGAAGGCGAGGAGUUCUUCUACCACGCAGGGCGGAUAAUGGAGCUGGUGGGGAAGCCCAACGUCGCCGACUUCGUGCCAUGGCUGCGAUGGCUCGACCCGCAGGGGAUACAGCGCGGGAUGGCAGAGCACAUCGGGCGAGCGCUGGAGAUAGUCGGCGGGUUGGUGAAGGCGAGGGUGGCCGAGAGGGAGAACGGAGUGCGGUGUGGGGACGAGAAGAAGAAGGAUUUGCUCGAUGUUUUGCUGGAGUUCGAAGGGAAUGGAGUGGAUGAACCACACAAACUCUCUUUCGAUACUAUCAACAAAGUUAUUGUGGAAAUAUUCAUCGCCGGGAUCGACACGACGGCGGGGACGAUGGAGUGGGCGAUGGCGGAGCUGCUGCGGGACCGGUCGGCGAUGGCGAAGGCCCAGUCCGAGCUGCGCAGCGCCGCCGCAGACGGCGAGGUGGAAGAGCAGCGGCUGACGGCGCUGCCGUACCUGAGGGGCGUGAUCAAGGAGACGCUGCGGCUGCACCCGCCGCUGCCGCUGCUCGUGCCGCACCGCGCCAUGCGGGCGUGCUCCGUGCUGGGGUUCGGCGUGCCCGAGGGGGCGCAGGUGCUGGUGAACGCGUGGGCGCUGGGCAGGGACCCGGAGACGUGGCGCGAGCCGGGGCGGUUCUGGCCGGAGCGGUUCGGCGAGGGCGGGGAGGCGGCUGCGGUGGAGUUCAAGGGCCGCCACCACGAGUUCAUCCCCUUCGGCUCCGGCCGCCGCAUGUGCCCCGCCAUCCCCCUCGUCUCCCGCCUCCUACCUCACGUCCUCGCCGCCCUCCUCCUCGCCUUCGACUGGGACCUCCCUCCUCCUCCUCCUGCUGCCCGCGCCGACGUCGACAUGGGCGAGCGCAUGGGCAUCUCGCUCCGCAAGGCCGUGCCCCUCGUCGCGGUGCCCGUCCCGUGGCGCGGCACGCGCGAAUUUUAA